GAUUACCUGCAGAGGUUCCCCAUGCCAAACCUGACGUUGCUGUACAGCCAAGGGGUCCUGGUGGAGCAUCUCAACAAUGUCUUCAUUACCAAGACAUUUCCCAACCACUACAGCCUGGUUACAGGGCUGUACGCAGAGUCUCAUGGCAUACUGGCCAGUAAUAUGUAUGACCCUGUCAGCAACAAGCAUUUUAAUGGCGUUAAUCACUCUGACCCCAUGUGGUGGAGUGAAGCACAGCCCCUGUGGCUCACAGCAUUGGAUUCCGGCUACAAGACAGCGGCCAUGAUGUGGCCCGGCUCUGAUGUGAGAAUCAACAACCGCACAGCGACACACUUCUUACCCUACAACUCAAAUGUGACGUUCCAGGAACGACUAGACGACGUGAUCAGUUGGAUGUUGGGAAAUGGAACGGAGCCAGGAGUGACAUUUGCAACUCUCUACUGGGAGGAGCCGGACAAGUCGGGUCACAUUUUUGGCCCAGACAACACUACUGCCAUGACCAAAGUACUAAAGGAGGUUGAUGAUAACAUCGGCCUGCUGAUGUCGGCGCUGAAGCAGCAUGACCUCUUGGGUCACAUCAAUGUGCUGGUAACCAGUGACCAUGGCAUGGCUCAGUGUUCAGCAGAGCGCCUCAUACGGCUGGAUGACUGCCUCCACCGUGACAAUUACACCCUGGUGGACCUCUCACCUGUCACUGCCCUUAUUCCUAAUAAAGAUCCUGAGGCUGUCUUUGCCUUGCUGAAGAAGUGCCAUGACCACAUGACAGCAUAUUUGAAGAAGGCCAUCCCUGAUAGGCUGCACUACAGAAACAAUAAGCGCAUCCAGCCAAUCAUACUGAUUGCUGAUGAGGGCUGGACCAUUGUGCAGGGAGCGAACCAGCUGCCAAGAUUAGGCGAUCAUGGCUAUGACAACUCGCUACCGAGCAUGCAUCCCUUCCUGGCAGCAGUGGGGCCUAGCUUCCGCCAGGGUUAUCAAAUCAGCAGUUUACAGAGCGUGGACAUUUACCCACUCAUGUGCCACCUGCUGGCUGUGCCCCCUCAGCCCAACAAUGGCACCAUGACCUAUGCUCGGUGCCUGUUGUCUGCUGAGACAUGCUGGGGGGUCUCUGCGAUGGUCGGCCUGGUGGUGGUUGUCCUGCUGAUACUCUCUUCAAUUGUUCUUUUCAUGCUCAUAAGAAACCGGCAGUCUUCAGGCCCCCGUGCCUUUCAGAGGCUACAGAUUGACGACGACGACGAUGAUGAUGACCCCCUGUUGGAGUAGACAAGUCAGAGCUGCACACACGCUAUUCUGUGUCACCUCUUUGUGCUCCAGUAGGUACUUGACAUGUUGCACUUUACUCACUGAGAUCUCUGCCCCAGCUUUGACUUUGGUAUGUGUGUACUCUAUACACAUGCAGUACAAAGACCUAUUUCAGGCCUACUGACAUGCCAUGGAGUAGAAACAGCUAUAGGAAAUAGUGACUACUACAGAUGGCACUGACUCUCCAUAAUGUUACUGUUGGUAAAAAUUCUUCUGCAAAAUACUUGAACAUGUGAAAAGAAACCAGUGGGAUUUUGUUGUGUUUUUUUUUUUUUUUUUUUUUGAGCAGUUGUUGAAGAUUUGUUUGGUGUAGAUGGGGGCAAUAAAAAAAGGAGAUGUUUUUCUCUAUCGCUUUAAUUCAUUUCUCACAACAGAACUGCAUUUCUCAGAACUACU